CUGCUCCAGACCAGACAUCCAUCCCAUUGAUCGCAUCCCCCCAGCCUUCGUCCACGUCGCAGCAACGACCACGCGCGAUACCUUACUUACUUUUCCUCGAACUCGUGCGCGCGCGCCCGCUCACAACGAAUUCUUACCCCCGCCCCCUCCCACGGCUGCUCCGCGAGAGCGCCCUCAACACCAGCAAUCAUGGCGACCGAAAAGAUCAGCCUGUACAAUCUCGCCGACCUCAAAAACACCUCCGACGACGCCAUCCCCAACUACCUCAACUCCCUCAAGUUCAAGCAGUCCCACUUCCUCACCGACGUGCGCCUCGCGCUCGGCUACACGGGCUUCGCCCUCGCCGCCGCCUGCUUCCUCUGGGACUACAAGCUCGGCUUCGAGAGCACCAAGACGUACACGGCCGUCGCCGUCGCCGUCUACACCCUCAUCAACGGCGCCCUGACCUUUUGGAUGGCCGAGGUCGAGAAGGGCACCGUGUACCAGGGCGUCGCGCCGUCGGGUGAAAAGAUCACCAUCAAGACCGCCACAAAGAAAAACGACCCCACGUACCGCCUCACCAUCUCCGUCGAGCCCAAUAGCAAGAACGCCGGCGCCGGCGCCGCCCCCCCGGAGGUCGUCGAGCUGAGCACGCCCUUUACCGCCUUCUUCGACGAGACGGGCCGCUUCGUCGCCCAGCCCUUCCAGGAGGCCCUCGCGUCCGCCGUGCCCCUCAUCGGCCGCCGCGACCCCAAGCGCGUCAAGCUCGCCUCCCAGGCCAUGCUCGACGCGAACCCGGACCUGCUGGACGCGGUGCUGGCGGCCAACAAUAGCAGCGGCAGUGCCGGGGAGGACCCUGCGUCGUCGAGUGCUGCGACGGGCGCCGAGCCCGCGGAGAAGAAGGGCGGGAAGCGACGCAAGGCCUAGGCGUUCAUGCGCGUGGUGGUGCCGCCGGUUGGCCGGCUACAUGUAGAGGUGUAAAAGGAGGUGAUGUGUGGAAGGGGAAGCGUGUACGAAGCGGGAUGACAAAGGAGGGAGUGAGAGCUGGCAUUAUAUCCGUUUCGGUUUGCUUGGGACAGUAUAUGGCAGCGUUAUGGCAAUUUAUGAUUGAAACCGAACACCCUCUCAUUUGCG